GAAAUGCCUACAGAGAAUGCCUGGGCAAUGGGACAUGGGCUUCCAAGAUAAACUACUCUCAGUGCGAGCCUAUUCUGGACGACAAGAGGAAGUAUGCGCUCCAUUACAAGAUUGCUCUCAUCAUAAACUACCUGGGGCACUGUAUAUCAGUAGGGGCCCUUAUAGUUGCCUUUAUGCUUUUCUUGUGCUUGAGGAGUAUCAGAUGCCUGCGGAAUAUUAUCCACUGGAACUUGAUCACCACAUUCAUCCUGAGGAAUGUGAUGUGGUUUCUGCUUCAAAUGAUAGACCACAACAUACAUGAAAGCAAUGAACCCUGGUGUCGAUGUAUUACCACCGUCUACAAUUAUUUUGUGGUGACCAACUUCUUCUGGAUGUUUGUGGAAGGCUGCUACUUACACACCGCCAUAGUGAUGACUUACUCCACAGAUAAGCUGCGGAAAUGGGUCUUUCUCUUCAUAGGAUGGUGUAUUCCUUGCCCAAUUAUCAUUGCCUGGGCCAUUGGCAAGCUAUAUUAUGAAAAUGAACAAUGCUGGUUUGGAAAAGAACCAGGGAAAUAUAUUGACUACAUAUAUCAAGGGCCAGUGAUUCUUGUUCUUCUGAUAAAUUUCGUAUUUCUAUUUAACAUAGUUAGGAUUUUAAUGACAAAGCUGAGAGCUUCAACCACUUCAGAAACAAUACAGUACAGGAAGGCAGUGAAGGCGACGUUAGUUCUCCUGCCUCUGCUAGGCAUCACCUACAUGCUUUUCUUUGUCAACCCGGGUGAAGAUGACAUUUCCCAGAUUGUCUUCAUCUAUUUCAAUUCCUUCCUGCAGUCUUUUCAGGGUUUCUUUGUGUCAGUAUUUUACUGCUUCUUGAAUGGUGAGGUCCGUUCUGCUGCCAGGAAAAGGUGGCACCGCUGGCAAGACCAUCACUCCCUUCGAGUGCGUGUGGCACGUGCCAUGUCCAUCCCCACCUCUCCGACACGAAUCAGCUUCCACAGCAUCAAACAGACCGCAGCCGUGUGAUACGUCCUCCACAGACACGUGCAACCUGGUGGCCUUCAGGGUUCUUCUUUCUUCACUCUCCCCAAGGCCCUUUUCUUCAAACUUUCUUCCUUUAUUCUGCACUGCUCUCUUUCGCAAUGAGGUGCCCAUCAUAUUUCUGUGGACUCUCAUCGCCCAUAUUCGUGAUGCUGCUUUAAGGCAACCAGGCAAAAGCCUCUUGGAGUAGGUGAUGAUGAAACAUUCAAAGUAGAAAGAGAUUCAACACUGACUACACCUCGUGGAAGUUCACAAUACAAAGUCUAAAACAGCACACUGGCAGGAACAA